CUGAGAGGAAAAAUUUUAACCGAGUUAGAAACUCUUAAUAAAACUCAGCAGGAAAUAACUGAUAUUAUAAAUAAAAAUAGAAAUGUGAAAAUUCAACUGGUUACAUCGUUUUCUCAUAAAAUUCAAAUUUCCACCAAAGCUUCCACUGAAAUUUUGUCAGAGAUUUCAAUCUUGUUGAAUGAAACACAAAUGAAGAUAAAAAAAGAGUUAAAAGCUGUAGAAGUGAGAGUUUGUUGUGCUGGCAAAGAAUUUUCCACUUGCAUCAAUGACUUAAGCAGCUCUUUGAGAAAGUCGGAGCUAUACUUUCCCCAACAAGAGAACAGUUCAGCUAAAAUUAACACUCAUGUGUCUAAUCAACAGCUGAAUUUUAGAAAGAACAUAGAUGCUGAAAUACAGAAAAUAAAAAAUUCGCUCCAAUGUAUUAGAGAGAUGUAUAGUUUACAUAAUGCAUGCGCUGUUGAUCUAUGGAAUCAGAGGCAAGGAGACUUCUUUGAAAUGGAGAGAAAUACCGAAGACUUGUUUAAGAGUUUAACUCAGUUCCAGGAGGAUUUACCGAAAAUGUACAACGAUGCAUUUCCUUCAGAUUAUGAUUAUUAUUAUAACAGUUUGAAAGACUCAAAGGAAAAUGAUGAAAAUAUGCAUUGUCAGUUGAAAGACUUUCAUAAUAAAAUGAAAUGUGCUGUUCGAUUAUGUGCUGAAGAAAACCAAAAGCUUGUUGAUAAAGAAGAGAAAGAAAUUAAUCAUCUUCUAAAAAUUCUCUUUGAAAAUGCGAAAAGGAAUUUUGAUAGCACUUUGUUUGAGACUGAGACGACUUCAAAAUAUGUUUCUAAGGAGUUAGAAAACAUGCAAAAACAGAUUUCCUCCAGCUACUUUGAUUCAAAAGAAAAGAUCAGAGCAAAUCUUUCCUUGGUACCAGAAGUAGAGCGGUGUUCUAUACAGCUACAGUCUGUUCCACAAAAUGUAUUACUCGUUAGCGACAGGUGCCUGAACUUAACUUCUGAAGUUAAUGCUGUGAAAACUUCAGAAAUGAAUUUAUUGGAUCUUUCCAUGUCUAAUUUGAAUGCUGCAGCAACAUUUACUCCAAACAGAGUUGUAAAGAAGCUGAAUUCACCAGAAGAAAGAAAAAAAUUAAUUGAUAGAAUCCAAAAAGUUGUAUCAAGUGAAGUACAAAUGAAUUUCUUCAAGACAAAGGCAUUUGAAAAAUAACUUUUAAAUUUAUUUUAAUGUUUUUACUAUUUUUAU